AUGCUAGACACGAACACCCGCAUUAAUGAUCACAUCAUCGCCUGGCUGCCUCGCGGCCAGACCGUAGCUGCCCAGGUGCCCUACACCAAGCGAAAACAAGAGUGGAUUGUGGCCUCGGUCGUCUCCUGGAAUGAAGACGAAAUGACAUACGUCGUGAAGGACGAGUUCCCCGAGAAUAAGAAGAUGAAGUCUUGGACCAUCCCGCACCACAAAGUAAUCCGGUUUCCUCGCGAUCUGAGGGAUCCCUUGAUGCCAGGAGACCGCGUACUGUCUCUUUGGUACAUCCCCGACACGGAGGAGUGGUCCUCCAUGUUCUACGAGGCCACAAUUGUGAACACCGACGAUAUGGAGAAGACAAGUACGAUAUGGCUGCGAUUUAACGGCGACGACGAGGUCUACGAAAUCGACUCGAUGAAGAUUGUAAAGAAGCCAAAACGAAGAUCUAAGGUGCCCAAGCGACCAUUCACCUCGGCCAUCAACGGCAGUUCUUCUCCUCUCCACUCUCCACCAACAGAUGUCUACGACGAGCCUCGACCACACCAGCGAUUCAAUGCCUCGCCACCAGAACAGCCACCCCACAAGAAACCGCGAAUGAUGAAAAUGGAAGAGGACCAGCAUCAUCCACCAUCUCGAAACGUAAUGGAAACUUCGCCCUUCUCGCCGAUCUCUUCAGCUUCUACCUCGACUUCUUCCACCUCUUCUCCGUACGCCAAGUCGUUGGGUGCCAACGGCACGACGACGGUGGGCUCCACCUUCCAUCUCAACGGCACCAGCAGCAAUCGUUCGAUCAGCCCUGACCGAGAGCAUCAGCCGCCCCAUCACCAUACGCCAGUUUCCGCCGCCGUGUUCAACAACCGGUAUCAAUUUUGUGGAGUGCUGGGGAAGAAGAUGAAGAGGAUGGGGGCAAUCCUCAACGAACGAAGCAAGGUGUCCAACACGUAG